AUGGCACCGACGCCAAAAUUAAACGGGGCAAGUGGUCGCUCCACUCCUGCUGUUGAUGGCUCCGAGACACCUGUCAGCACAACCAAGAAAAUCACAAAAAACGAACAGAUGAGAUUAGACCGUCUGGAGUUUAUGAAGAAGCUUGUUCCCGAGAAUCUCAUUCAAUCUGUCGAUCCUAACCAACAAGGCCUGAACUCUUGUCACCAAUGUCACGGCUACAUUAAGAGAUAUGAUCACUUUUUGCAAUGCACCGCUAUCAUUAGUAAAGAUAACAAGCCAAGGCCUUGUGGUUUAAGAUAUCACACUGAUCGUAUCUGCUUGGCCGAGAAGUACGAGAAGAACGAAAUCAGAGCAUAUCAUCCCGGCGAACCUGAGUUCCUCCGUCAUCAGUGGAACGACUCGUCCCAACCGCAAUGGGCUUGCCCGAAGUGUCGUGCGAUUUGCAAAUGCUUAGCAUGCAAACCAAAGACGUCGCUAGACGACGGUACCGAUAACAACAAGCUGAAGAAGAUUGCAUCAUCACCUGACUUGUUUCUGUCGUCUCGUCGAGGGUCCGGCCCAAACGGCAGCGGGCACGAUUUCCUUCCGACCCCAUACGACUCCGGCCACGAAGCUUUCUCGGACUCCAACCUUUCAAACGGAACCAAACGUAAGCGCGCCGACUCGAGAAAGUACGCUAUGGGAGAAUUCGAGAUGUCUUCUACAAAUCGAAUUGUCGAUACUACCACCGGCGAUGCCCUCAAGAAGAGACGUCUUGAGCUGCACGGAAUGGACAAGAUGGCCAUCGGACCUCCUCCGAGGCCAACUGUCAAAGAAGCUCCAACUUUCGAGCCUAUCGAGGUUGACUUCUCCGAAGAGUGCCUUGAUGCUAAGAUUGCUAUCCGAGAUUUCGUCCUCCGCUUUGGGGGCGACCUAGGGGUCCCCAGAAGCCAUUUCAAGGCCAUCGAUGACCCGGUCGCCCAAUGGUCCGCCUCCACGCUUAAAGCUCUCAUCUCCUCGAUGCUGCACGCAAUCAAGGAAAUUCCUCUCGAAAAGGAAGUUACAAACCGUCCAGCCAAUCCUGACCAGAAGCAGCUGGCCAACAAGGGGACAUUCACCGCCGAGGAGAAAGCAGUGGUCGAUAAGUCGAUCGAUGCCAUCAAAAAGGCUAAUGGUGAUUCGAAUGACUUCUGGGGCCAUGUCUUUGAGCUUCUCGUCGAGCUCGGAUCGCUCGAGGAAGGCAAAUGGACAGAUUUCGAGGACAGCGAGAUAAGAAUCUUUGUUGUUGAGAAGCUGAUGCAGAUUGCCGUUACCUCUCCGGUCAUCAAAGAGAAUAUUGACAGCGAUUUGGAGGCUGGCUUGAAGCUGAUCAGACGUCAGACGUGGGACGAUAUCAAAGCGGAAAGAGAGCGCUUCGAGACCAAGCGAAACACCAUCCAAGAGGCCAAAGUUUCUGCCUCAGGCAAUACUGCCCGUAUUGCCAAGCUAAUUGCAGAGCUCGAGGACGCUAGAGACACAAAGGAUUACAACAUUGAUCGCUUCGAGUUACAGCAGUGGUACGUGGUCCGCAACCUUCGUACGCCACUACAGUUCCCUGAUGGCUCCGAUAGGUCGAAGAGACGCACUAUGGACCCCCGAUGCAGUACUAGCCUCGGAACCGAUCUUCUGGGAAACAGAUACCACCUUUUCGCUCCCGGUCCCGAAAGAGGGUCAGAAUGGGGUUCCUGGAUCAUGUGCAGGAAGUUUAAGAGUCUUGAGCAUCCAUCCGGCGAGGCUCAGGAGAAACCCGAGGCCAACGGAAGCACCAACGAAGCCAGUGAGGUCGAUGCCAACGGCGACAGUCCUAUGACCAACGAUGCUGAGACCAAGAAGCGCCCGGUCGUUUGGUAUGCUGUCAAAGGCAGUGACGCCGUUACCGAUUUGACCGAUUGGAUCCGCUUCAAGGCCAAGGAUUACUGGUAUGACCACCCUAGCGACGAGAGUCCAAAGGUGGACCAGACCGAUCCAAAGUCUGCAGAUGAACCUACCAAGGACGCCGACGGAGACUUUGCUGUUGUUGUCGUCCAACGCCCCGAUGACGAGACCGUCGAACCUGCUGAACUUGCUACCGAAGAGUCCAUCAAGUCUCUUAACGACAAGUUGCAGGAGAUUCGCCGAUUCAUGGCCAUCGAGGAGAGCGAAAAAGCUGCUAGGAAGAAGAACAACCUUCUUUAG